UUGAGGUUAGGCAUUUAGUUACUUUAGAUGCGUCUCGGACAAACUGGAUUUUUCAGCCAACUUCAAUUGAAACGUUUAGUUGAAGAACAACCUAAAUUGGAAUAUAGAACACAAUCCAAUCUAAAUUCUAGGGAAGAACUUGAAGCCGUGCUGACAAGUGAGGAGAGUUGUCCCAAGUUGGAUAUGAUCACAUUUGUUCUUCUCUUCAUCCCUUUUGCCUGUGACAUUGUUUUCGGAUGUGUUGAGAAGAAACAUAUGUUUUAUUGACUCUUCACUAGUUCGUCAAUAUAAGACAAUCAAGAGGAAUAUUUCGUAUUGUGUGUUGUAGUUUAAUUCAAAAUGGGGCGCGUAUAAAUAACUUAUUUUGCACCAACAAUCUGCGCCCUCCAUCUCCAAUUCAUCUGUUGAAGGACCCUAUAUAAUUUUGAGAUUUUAACAACGACGAAUGAAAUGGCAGAUGAAUAUGUACUACUUGGAGCGUCCGAGUUCAUCAAAGACCGGUUGUAUUUUGCAACCCUUAGAACCAAACCGAAAACUACAGCAAACACUCACUACUUCAGCACAGAUGAUGAAUUUCUCUAUGAGAACUUCUAUGCUGACUUUGGACCCCUGAAUCUGGGCAUGCUGUACAGGUACUGCUGUAAACUGAACAAGAAGCUCAAGUCCUUCACUCAUUCCAGAAAGAGGGUGAUUCACUACACCAGCUAUGACCAGAGGAAGAGGGCCAAUGCUGCAGUACUUAUUGGUGCCUAUUCUGUGAUCUAUUUGAAGAGAAGCCCAGAGGAGGCCUACAGGACCCUCAUCUCAGGAAACAAUACCGCAUAUCUGCCUUUCAGGGAUGCUGCUCUCGGAGAAUGCACAUACAAUUUGACCAUCCUAGACUGUUUACAAGGAAUACGCAAGGCCCUGCAAUAUGGAUUCUUCAACUUUGAGAUAUUUGAUGUGGAAGAGUAUGAGCAUUACGAGCGGGUGGAGAAUGGAGACAUGAACUGGAUUAUUCCUGGGAAGAUUUUGGCCUUUAGUGGACCUCACCCAAGAAGCAAGAUAGAGAAUGGAUACCCUCUCCAUGCUCCAGAGGCCUACUUCCCGUAUUUCCAGGAGCAUCAUGUAACCGCCGUGGUGCGGCUCAACAGGAAGAUCUACGACGGACGGCGGUUCACUGACGGCGGCUUCGAGCACCACGACCUGUUCUUCGUGGAUGGAACCACGCCCAGUGACCUCAUCACACGACGCUUCCUCCACGUGUGUGAGAGCACCGAGGGCGCUGUGGCUGUCCACUGCAAGGCGGGUCUGGGUCGUACGGGGACUCUGAUAGGUUGUUACCUGAUGAAGCACUAUCGUUUCACAGCGGCUGACGCCAUCGCCUGGAUCAGGAUCUGCAGGCCUGGAUCCAUCAUCGGACCUCAGCAGGACUUUCUAGAAGAUAAGCAGCACAGUAUGUGGGUGCAGGGUGACAUGCACCGCAGCAAACAGAAGCAGCAGCAGCGUCGCCAGCGGCCAAAGCUGGACCAGGAAGUGACUUGCCUCGUCUCCAGCAUGGACGACCUGUCAAUCAACACCAUUCUUUAUAAGUCCUUCAGCCUGGAUGAGAAUAACUACAGGGAGUGUCUGACCCAAGGAGAUAAACUCAGGGAUUUGAAAGGCCGUCGCUCAUCCAGGUCUGCCACCACUUCACGGUUGAAUUUGACAAAGACCAGUCAGACCUCUAUCACCCCUCCCAAGUGUUCCAAGUUAUCUCAGGUCCCUGUCCCCUUCUCCUCCUCCUCUUCUCCCAAGAGGCUGGUGCAAAGCUCCUCAUCAUCAGCUAGUAACCUUAAGAGUCCCUUUAGCCUGAGUAUGUUCAGCUCUAAGGCUACUGCCAUUCACUGAGCCCACGUUGAUCACUGCCAUUUCAUCUUUGACCUUCUGACCUUCCAGUUGACCCCAGGAGACAGGAGGUUAACCCCCUCAACCGCUGGAGAAAUGUGCACGAUUGUCUCUGUUAUAAAUGCACGUUAAAUAACAUUUAAUAAUACAAUAAAAAAAUCUAAUCCACCCCUGAGACACUCUGUAAAAAUCCUCUUUGUAACAAUUGGAUUUGUAGACAUGAUCUCGUUUCAAUCAAUGUAAUUGUUUGAUUUCAAAAUGGGUUUAUUAUCAUUUUAAUUGUGUGCAAGGAGAUUGUUUAUCAUGGCUUUCUCUUUCUCUUAUGCAGUUAUUUAAUUGAUAUCUAUUGUUUGAUUGACGCUGUAAAAGAGGACAUAUCCUACUGUACACUUAAUUGAUUCAUGAGUGGCUGUCUUAUGAAUGUUGUCAUUCAGGAGAUCCAUUUGUUUUAUGUGAAUACAUAUUUGGAUUGUAACAGAAGUGACUCUGGUUGAGCACUUUUUUUCUGACUUGUUUUUACGACUCUGUUGUUGACAGGCUUGAGACAAUUGUUUUGUUUUAAAUUACUUUAAGUAGUAGGCCUGUAUGGCGUAUAUGGAGUGUAUUUCUGCAAACUUUGCUAUUGGUACAUUGUCAUUUUAAUU